ACCGAGCCCGAACCAAUGGACCCAUAUUAAAAAAUUGAACCCGACCCGACUAGCUAAAAAACCGACCCGUUAACCCAAUAAACAAAUUAUCGGACGGGUUGAACCGAAAUUCGCACACCCUAAUCACUAUUUUCACAUUCUCACUAUUCUAAUAUUCACAAAACUGAAAACGCUGCUCAAAUUCAAAAAUCUAGAGACAAAGCUUUUGUUGUUGGCUUGUUGCGCUCAACAUACAGCACAAAGAUGACUCUGUCAGAGGAGGAGCUCUCAAAACUUUUCAGAGUUCGUAGGACACUGAUGGAAAUGUUGUCGGAUAGGGGCUAUCUUGUUGGAGAUUUUGAGAUUAAUAUGUCUAAACAACAGUUCCUUCAGAAGUUUGGCGAGAACAUGAAGAGAGAAGACCUUGUAAUUCAGAAAGGCAAACGUAACAACAGUUCUGAUCAGAUAUAUGUGUUCUUUCCCGAGGAGCCAAAAGUUGGUGUUAAGACAAUGAAAACUUAUACAGAGCGCAUGAAGAAAGAAGAUGUCUUCCAAGCAAUCCUAAUUGUACAACAAAAUUUGACUCCCUUUGCUCGUACCUGCAUAAGUGAAAUAUCUACAAAGUUCCACUUGGAGGUUUUCCAGGAGGCAGAAUUGUUGGUAAACAUAAAAAAUCAUGUUCUAAUUCCUGAGCACCAGCCACUUACUCCUGAAGAAAAGAAGACCUUGUUGGAAAGAUACACUGUGAAAGAAACACAGCUUCCCCGGAUUCAGAUAACCGAUCCAAUUGCUAGAUAUUACGGGCUAAAGCGUGGGCAAGUCGUGAAAAUUAUCAGACCAAGUGAGACUGCAGGCCGUUAUGUUACUUAUCGAUAUGUGGUUUGAAAUAGUUUUUUGAUGUUUUCACCAGCUUAUAAAUGUAAGUGGACAGAACUGUCAAGUUCUGUAGUAGUAGUUGUUUGUUGUCCUCGGCCCCCUCUCGCCGUCCUAAAAAGCGAUUGAGAAUCUCGAGAACCUUGCAUUUUCUCUACCUUUUCUUAUCAUGUAAAAGCAAAGAUACUUCAUACUGUUUUGGUUUGGAAGAACAAUAAUCACAAGAGAAUCACCAUGGUGCUCAUGAAUUUAGGUA